GCAUCACAGUUUCCCACACUGGGUGGUGUAGAGAGGGGUUCAAGUUCAACCUACCUUGUACAUACUGUCACCUCAGGCGAUCUCUGUCUGACGUGGGUCAGCCGAAAAUGGAAAAGGAUACGUAGAGUUCCUGUCACCAUAUCAUUUCCGAUACUAUUAAAUAUGCUCUGAGCGCCGAAUAGACUGAACGAGCAAUGACAAAAACAUCCAAGCGGUAGAAACGACCGACAAGAUAGGGUGUGAAAGAUAUCGUUUGAUACUUAACCUCGCCUAAAUUCAUUUUGACGUCGAGCGCUAACCUACAACUCAUUACUAGAUCUCUUGAAUGUUCCUUCUCUAUAUUUCUCUAUAACGCUGGUCGAAGUGUGCGGCCGAUGUCGGGCACCCAUGUAACCCUCUAGGUCGCAAUAACAUUCUACAAUGAGAAAUUUCUGUCGCCUAGCAGGCAGAAAUCGUGCGGGCGCGACCGGUAUCAUCACAGACUGCGGCCUUCGUCGCUUCUCAGUCAACUCAAAGCCAGCCGAUGCACCCAUUCUUCAGAUACCCAGAUCAUCUAUUUACUCUCUUGGUGCGGGUAGCAGCUCAAAGCCUCUCUUUCGUGAUGUAUCGUGGACAAUACAACCUCAAGAUGCCUGGACGGUGCUCUCAGUGGGUGCAACCAGCGGGAAAACGAGUCUCUUACAAGCACUUCUAGGACACCUAAAAAUACAUCCACCACCACCGCCUCCAGGCGGUCUCUUCCCUUUCUUGAACGGAGCUGAUCCUUACAACCGGGUCUCGUUAGUCAGUUUCGCGCAUCGGCCUCGAGGAGCCGGAGGAGGUUUUGUGGAUUUCACUGCGCGUUAUGGUGCUGUUAGAGAGGAGGACAAACGAACACUCCGCGAAACGUUCUUUCCAGAGACAGCGCGUCCAAUCCAUAACCUGGCGUUGCCAGAUAUGCAUUCGAAGGAAGGAACCCAGUUGACGCCGAUCGAUCAGGUCAAGGAGCAUACACGUCGCCUUCUGUUCGAGGACGUCAUUGACAGACUGGAUUUGAGACGGCUUCUUGAUCUACCGAUGAUCGCAUUGAGCAAUGGUCAGACUCGCAAAGCUAGAAUUCUCAAAGCUCUACUUGAGCAGCCUGAGCUCCUUAUUCUUGAUGAACCACUCACUGGAUUGGACGUACAGACGAGACAACUUGUCUUUUCACUAUUAGAGUCAUUACACAAUUCGUCUGAGCCACCUCACAUUAUUAUGGGAACACGCAUACAGGAUCCAAUUCCAGAUUGGACGACACACUUAGCCAUCGUUCACAAGGAUGGCACCGUACAAACAGGACUGAAACAGGAGCUUUUGCCGGCGUUGCAGUCGCACCAUUCCUCGUUCGCCCAGACUUCGGGACAUAUGCCUGCGAUUGAGAUUGACAAAAACGAGAUUCUAGUCGACUUGAGGAACAUCAGUGUCGCCUAUGGCGACCGCAAGGUCCUGAAAAAUAUCCAAUGGACGAUUCAUGCCAACUCCCGUUGGCAUCUUCUCGGGGCAAACGGCGCAGGUAAAACAACUUUACUUGCCAUGCUCACUGGCGAGCACCCACAAUCCUAUACCCAAUCCUCCAAACUCCAUCUCUUCUCUCGUCCGAGAGCCAAAUGGCCCACACCAUCCCUGCACGCACGCAUUGGUCGGGUCUCGCCUGAGAUGCAUAACGCGUUUCCUCGUAGAAGAGGGAUGUCCGUAUGGGAAGCCGUUGGUACCGCGUUCACUAACAAUUUUGUUCCGAGAGGACGGAAACGAGUUGGUCUUGCGGAAGAUGGAAGUGAGCUUGAGGAAAACGGAGAACUAGAACGUUGGAGGGUUGCGAGAAUGUGGCAUGUCUUGGAAGGUCUCGGUCCGACCGCUUGGAACUCGGACGCAGCUGACGCAGGGAACAAGAUGGCUACUGCGAAAGACUUUGCUGACCAGAAGUUCGCCGAUAUUUCCCCUGGGGAGCAGUCUGUUGUCUUGCUAAUGCGUGCAUUGGUCAAUCGACCACCACUGGUCCUGCUGGACGAAGCUUGGGCUGGCAUGGAUGAACGCAUGGUCAAGGCUGCUCGGAAGUAUCUCCGAGGAGGAGGAGGUCUCGAAGAUGGACAAGCUUGCAUAGUGGUCACACACUGGGAAGAAGAGGUUCCUUGGGGCUGGGACGACGGUGUUCGGCGAUACCACCUUAUAGACGGAGAAGGAAGGGAACUUCCGCGACCCUAGGGUAUUGGUAUAUACAGAGGUAACUACAAGUUCGUGUCUUCCCAAAUAAAAUACAGAGGAAUGCAAUAAUGAUAAUACAAGGAUAUAGAAUCAGGUGUCAUCAAAACUCAGAAGGAAAACCUGGCUUCCGCCUCCAGCAGUCCGUAGGUCCACUUCGUUAUGGUCGCCCAAAAUGGCAGGAAAUGUAGGGCUUCUUCCAAUGCCGGAAUCUGUCCACUCGUCGUAGCAUAUGAACUGCCAGCCGACGCUGUAGCAUACUCCACCCAUUCACAUGCAACACUCCCGCUGAAAGGCGUAGAUUCAUCGUCAGCACCAGCCCAUUCGAAAUCCACCACAAACUCGCUAUUCCAUGUACGACUCCACAUAAUGAGAUCCUGAAUGCCUUCAUCCGGAAGCUCAUAUCCUGGCUGAAGCCGUCCACCAUUUCGCACGUGGAAAUGCGAAAUCGGCUUGUCGAAUUUCAAACGACAUGAGCGAGUAUUCGUACCUCGUACAGUGGCUAUCGCAGUGCUAGGGCCUGUACGUACGAAGGAGGCGGACAACCAAUCCGAAGGCUUAGUUGCGCCACGCGACGAUAAUAUAGAGGUUGGUGCGGUGGACGUAGACGUAUUUCCGCCAGGUGAUGGAAGUAGGUUGCUUUCCCAGCUGCAUGCCAGCAACCCUGGUCGUAACACAGUGUCUGUAUUACAAUCGACAUGUUUUCCCCAUG